AUGAGGAAGAGCGCUGAUGUGGCGCCUUCGGGAACUACCCGUCUUUUAUGUUUGUUGCACCCGGAUAAAGUGAAGUGAUGUACCAUGGAUCUUCAUAAGGAGAACAACGCGAGGACAGGCAGAAGGAGUAAAGAGGAGAAGAAAGUUGUUCGAAAACAAGUUAAAGCGAGUCACACUUUGUUGAAACAUGAAGGCAUCGUUACGGUGUCUCAGCCUACCAAGAGUUUGGUGGUGGUUAACGGUGGCCUGGGGAAUGGCGUUGGCCGAGAGGAGCUUUCUGCGAUGCUGAAAGAGAUGGGAGAUCUGGAGAUGCUGGUCAUGCCGCCAUAUAAGCCUUAUGCGUUUGCCACAUACAGAUUAGAGGAGAGUGCUUGGAAAGCACACAAAUACCUUAAUGGACAAAGGCUACAGUGUGGAGAGAACAGUGUAACACUCUACCUCAGUUAUGUCAACUCAGUAACCUGCGAGGAAGAGGUGUCCAUUCCUUUGCCAGAGGGCUUAGUAUUGGUGGAAGAUUUUGUGUCAGCAGAGGAAGAGGCUCAGUUGCUCGCUGCUAUAGACCGGUCGUCGGCUAAUGAUGAGAUCACAGCCCAAAAAGCCCUAAAGCAUAGAAAAGUCAAACACUAUGGCUUUGAAUUUCGCUACGACAACAACAACGUGGACAAAGACAAGCCACUACCUGCAGGUAUUCCUGAGGAGUGUUUACCUGUUCUGGAGAGGUGUGUGAAGAACGGACAUGUCGUCAUUAUGCCAGACCAGCUGACAGUCAACCAGUACGAGUCUGGACAAGGUAUUCCUCCUCAUGUGGACACUCACUCUGCCUUUGAGGACACCAUCCUGUCACUGAGCCUGGGGUCAAAGACGGUGAUGGAGUUCCGUCAUCCUGAUGGUCGUCUUGUUCCCGUGAUACUGCCAGGACGGAGCCUCCUGGUGAUGAAGGGAGAGAGCAGAUAUCUCUGGACCCAUGGGAUUACUCCUCGGAAGUUUGACAUGGUGCCAGCCUGCGACCCACAAUUUUCUGCUCAUGGGACCAAUAGCAGUCUCACCUUAAGCAAGAGGGGCAUCCGCACUUCUUUCACUUUUCGCAAGAUCAGACAUGAACCCUGCUGCUGUGCCUUCCCCUCCACCUGUGACAGUCAGGGAGCUCCCUCAGCACCCUCACCCUCUCUGCCAUCUCGCCCCUCACUACCCUGUUGCCAUGCCGAUGCAGCCCGUCUGGAAGAGGAGUAUGUGCACCAGGUGUACGAUGCCAUCGCCUCUCACUUCAGCAGCACUCGCCACUCCCCCUGGCCUCGUGUCUGCCACUUCCUGUCCUCUCUCCCACCUGGUGGUGUGCUGGUUGAUAUCGGCUGUGGAAAUGGGAAAUACCUGGGUGUCAACCCAGAAGUGGUUGCAGUGGGCUGUGACCGUAGUAGCGCUCUUGUCCAAAUCUGUGCAGAGAGGGGUUUCCAGGCAUUUGUAUCUGAUGCUCUCAGUGUCCCUGUGCGAACAGCCUCCUGUGACGCCUGUAUCUCUAUAGCUGUCAUACACCAUUUUUCCACACAGGAGCGUCGGCUGGCAGCAGUGAGGGAGGUGGUGAGACUUUUGAAGCCUGGAGGUCGGGCGCUCAUCUAUGUUUGGGCUUUUGAGCAAGAGUACAACAAGCAGAAGUCCAAAUACCUCAAAGACCAUCCUGAAAAUCACAACCUUGUUCACAACACACGAGAGGACAGUUGGGAACCUUAUGGCGAACGGAGUACCCAUACCAACAGACAAUAUAAAGACGAAUACAAGCCUGUAGACAACAUACAAGAUGUUAACAAAGUGACGGAUGGCAAACUUAGUGUGCACAUCAAUCGCACUGCGUUCAGUACCCAGGACCUUUUGGUUCCCUGGCAUCUGAAAGACAGGAAAACACGAGAGAAGGGAGAAUCAGGAGAGAGAGAGAAAAAGGAUAAAAGUGAAGAGAAGACUUCACUUUGUUCAGCCUUUGGUUUUAGCACCAAAGCCAGAUUAGAUUGUAACCCUGACUACAGACCAAACUGUGACUCCAGCAUAUCUUCUGGAUCAGGUCUCAACACUAAUGAUGUCACUCACAGCCCAGACUCUAAUCCGAGUUCAAAGAAUGACACACAGACGUCCAACUCUAGUCAAGGGUCUGAGUCUGAGAGUGGCCCAUUGCCUGUGUUUCAUCGCUAUUACCAUGUGUUUCAUCAGGGGGAAUUGGAGCAGCUGUGUGUUCAGGUGGCUGGGGUCAAAGUGCAGAGCAGCUACCAUGACCAGGGAAACUGGUGUGUUAUAUUAGAAAAGGACUAAGGGAGAUGACAUGCAUAAGGUGCCAUAUAGAUGUUGUGAGAAUACUGUAAUGAAUUGUGACUAGCAGUGUAACCAGAAAGAAAUUUAAAAUUAUCUUUGUUUUAAAUGCUUAAGAAAAAAGUGAGCAGACAAGUGCUGU